CUGCCAUGGAGAUUUGGCAAGGUCUUGGGAAGCUAUGUGAGGGAUAAGAGGACCUGAGAAAGUAGAAGAUAGAAGUCCUGCUUGAGAAGUUCAAAAGCUUCAAAAUGCUUCCCGGAGAAUCAUUUGAUAUGUUGGAUGAAAGAUUCCACAAGAUAUUGAAUGAUCUUGCUUCACUUAACCACAUUCUUUCUCCCAAAGAAAAGAAUGUCAGGUUGCUGAGAUCACUUCCAACUGAGUGGUACACCAAAGCCACAGCCAUGGAAGAAGGAAGAAACCUGGAGAACUACACUGUCCAAGGUCUCCUUGAUGAGCUCAGAACCUAUGAGCACGAGCUGAAGAAGAAGAAGGAAGAACAAGUCACUCCCUUCCCCACGGCAUUGAUGACAACUCCAAGAGUCCCAUCAAGUGAAGGGACAUGCACAAGAAAUUGUGACACACCUUCCUCCAGCCAGCCGUCAAGCUCAAAAAUGGAGAACUACGAUGAGGAAUUUGCCAUGAUGGUCAAGCACGCAAUUCCGGAAGUUCAAGAAGUUCUUCAAGAAGGCAGACUCAAUCAGAAGGCCAUCCAAGGGAAAGCCACAGCAUGCCCGUACCCAAAGGUGGAGAAGUACGGAGAAAGAGAAAGAAACGAGAAGAAAAAGAAGGCAAUGGUUGCUGCUGAAAGUGACGAGUCAUCCAGCUCAAGCUCGGAUGAAGAAGCCCUCGUUUGCAUGGAGCGCAGAGCUGAGAAGUCCAACCAUGAAGAUAGGUGGACUAUGUCAGAAGAUGACACUCUCUGCCUAAUGGCCAAAGAUGAUGCUGAUCAAGAGGUAACCUCACAAACCUCCUGCGCAUCUUCUUAUGAAAACAUACCUAUUUCUGAAAAUCUUUUUGACCAGUUCAAAAAGAUGAUGGAAGAUUUUGAGGAGAUAAAUCUCAAACACUCAUCCUUAACAGAAGAGAACAAGUUAUUAAGUGAAGAGAAUCUAGAGUUAACUGAAGGUCGGAAAAGUCAACUGGAUGAGAUCACUCAACUUAAAGCUGAAAAUGAAUCUCUCUCUGAAAAGGUGAAAUCCCUCAACAAGGAGCUAGGGAUACUUAAGUCCAAAGAAGCAGUGAAUAAGCUUCUUGAAACGACCAAACAUAAGGGUCGUGAAGGACUUGGGUUUGACCCCUCCAGUUCCAAAAGGAAAGGGAGAAUAACUUUCAUCCCUCCUAAACCUACUGCCAAACCAAAUAAGCAGAAAGGAAAGGAAAUGGAGAAACCAAUAGAAGUUCCCAAAAAGGUAGUCCCUCCUAAGAACUAUAGGAAGCUGGACAGACCUCAAAAAGGAAACAAUUUCAGAAGAAAACCUUCUAACCCCCACUAUACACGAGGCUAUACUCACUAUGGGGUAGAUAGGAGUUUUCCAAGAAAUUCUGAGUGGAGAGCUAUGCCAAGAUAUAGUCAUCCUCCACCCCAGAAAAUGUUUGUGCCACCUAAGUAUGUUUAUAACCAUCACAGGACACACUAUGCACAACCUAGACAAAACUAUAGGUCUUAUCAACCUAGGUUUGCUAGGAGGGAACAGGAAAUUGCACCUCCUGCACGUAGGAAGUUUUAUGCCUACAACUAUGAUUACAAUCCCGACAAGUUUAGGGCUGCAAGGAAAAUUCCCUGCAACUUCAAACUUGAUAAAGCCGCUAAGUACCUAGGUGUCUGGUACUUAGACAGUGGCUGUUCAAGACACAUGAUGGGUGAUGCGAGCCUUUUGAGCAAUCUAAUUCCCUAUGAUGGUCCAAGAGUUACUUUUGGAAGAAGUAAUGAUUUUGGCCUUACUAAAGGGCUAGGAAAUCUGGUGUACAAGGGACUAACCAUCCAAGCUGUAUCUUAUGUUGAAGGUCUCAAUUAUAACCUUCUUAGCAUAAGUCAGUUUUGUGAUAAAGGUUACUCCUUGGAAUUCUGCAAGGACAUGGCAUCCCUCAAGAACAUCUCCACAAAUGAAGUCAUUCUCACUGGGAAGAGAAUCAGGAACAUCUAUGAAGUGAUGUGGGACGAUGUUGUCGGCGCAAAUGUACAUUUCCAGAAGUUAGAAGCCAAAUGCUCUUCACCGGCGUUCUAUCAAAAUUAUCUAGAGAUGAUAGCCGCUCAAGAACUCUCCGAAUUUCUUCAAAUGGAGAUUCGCCUCAAGUAUGAAGCUGAAGUUCUGGAAUUCUUCAAAAAUGGAGAGGUCAAGACUGCUCAUUCAAAGAAGGACCCACAGAGGACGUUUCAAGUCAUCAAAUCCACUGUUGGAGGGAGAAAAGUGAAGCUUUCGCAGAAGAAUUUGGGAGAAAGGCUUCACCUUCCCAAUUCUGGAGUUGAAGUUGGGAGAUUUCCAGUCAAAAAUCUGGACUGGAACAUCAUUGGAAUUUCUGGACAAGCUCCUUCUGGUCAAGCAAAGAAAGCAGAUCUGAACAAUGACUACAAAUUAGUUUUGGAACUAAUCAUCGCUUGCCUCGAGUGUGGAAGUGGAGGUCAUGCUGAUGACAUCACGCAGGAGAGAGCCUUCAUCAUCAACGCUCUCAUUACCCAAUCUAAGGUAAAUUGGGCUGCACACUUCUUCAAAUCUAUCUCAAAACAUCUGGGAAAACCCAAUCAGAAGUACCUUUGUCAAGGUCUAUACAUUGGACAUAUUUUGGAGUCUAUGGGUGCUGCUUCUAAAGGAAAGAAGUAUGAAGAAAGAUAUUGGUUAUACUAUCUGUCUUCAAAAGGGGAAAACAGAGCUGGUGCUAGUGCUACUGCAGAGGAAAGCUCAUCAGAUAAUGUCCCACUCAUCAAUCUGACGAAGACUGCCAAAAGGAAGCAAAAGCUCUACUAUGAUUGGAGAGCUUGGAAAGUUGGAAAUUCAGCAGAGCAAUUGUUGGAUUGGGACCAACAACUGAAGAAUGAGAAGAUCAUCAAGAAGUGCUUAGGAAUACCAGUCAACCACAGCUAUCCUGCUAUCUACAAACCAGUCUUCGCAAAAACCACAGAAGAUCAGGUGGUUCUCACUUCUGAAGCACAGGCUAACUUGGAAGCAACAGCUGAGGAUUUCCAAAUAUUUCCGGAAACCUCAUCUGCCUUUGAAACGGUUCUACCUGAAGCUGCAGUCUCUACUCCACAAGAACAGAACCAAGGAGCAUCAGAUGAAGAACUUCACCAACAUCUCCAGUCUCAAGCUCUUGAGAUUCUCACAACUGCUUGUGAGAUAUCCAACCAGCCUGAACUUGAGAUCCCGGAGAAGUCAGGAAAAAAUCUGGAUCAGUCAACUUUUCCAGAAACAAAUGAAGAGGAGCAAGCUGUAGAAGCCCAGAGGAGUUCUGCAGAAGCUGAGAAGGAAACUCAAAUGGCAGAACUGGAGGCCUAUAAAUCUCCAGUAGCCAUUUUUGAAGAACAGAAUGAAGCUGAAGAAAGAGACUCCCUCUCUAGAUAUAUAUCAAAUUGUGCGCUUGAUGAAGCAGAAGGAGAGUCUGAGAGCACACUAAAGGUUGCUGAUGAAGAAGAUGUGCAAGAAGAUGCUGAAUCUCUUCCUAUGCAACUGUUUCAAAGAACACCCUCUUCUCAUCAGACAAAGAAGGUCCAAGGGCUGAUUGAAUCAGCCCUAGCAUCUCAACAUGCCUCCUUUAGGAAAGAGAUAGAGCAGAUGGAAGCCAGGCACAACAAGCUGAUUGAGAAAUCUGAAGAGAGACACAGCUCAGAUCUCAAGGAGAUAAGCAAGUCAGUGCACAAGACUCUAGAGAUCAUUUCUCUAUUGAGCAACACUGUGAGCAACACGAUGGAGACAUAUGCAUCUGACAGCUAUCUUCAACUCAAGGAUGUUAACAAGAUCAAAGAGCAAAUAGCAAAUAUCACCGUCAGCCUACAGAAACAAAUGUCUCUUCUCCAAAUGGACAUAAGAUCAGCUCUGGCAGUGUCUUCAGCGAAUCAGAUGGAAGUGGUUCUUCAACAACACAGUCCAUCCUUGAUUCCAGAGCUCCCUAUUGCAGUCAAAGAAGGAGAAGUCUCUUAUAUUCCUACGCAUCUGAACAUGACUGACCUGAUUCUCAAAGCUCAGAGAAAGAAUCCGGAAGACUCAACACAGCACCCAUCCAGCUCAGGAUUGGAUGGAACAGAGGCUGUAGGAACAAUUGCUGCUCACUUCUCAAAUGAUAACCAAACAUAGGAGAGACGCAACAACAUAAGGCGCAUCAAAGAACUCUGUGGAAAUAUGCAAGGCAUCGGUGAGCUUGCCGGAUCUUCAAAGCGCAAGAAGCACUGAAGGCUUUUUUCAUCAAACCAGGGGGAAAGUAUGUGAAAACACUAAUUUGCUUUGAUGAAAACACCUUCCUGUUUAAACAUUGCUUAAUUGGUUUAAACAUUGCUUCAAUAUUUCUCUUAAUUGUGCUUAUUAUGCUUGAUUAUGCCUAUUUCAAAUAUAAUUUUGAGAUUUAU